AUGUCCACAUAUUUUGUAACAAAAUUAAGACACGAUAUUGAGGAAAUCAAGAAGCAGACCCGAGUCAUUACUAAUGAACAGGAGAUAUUUCGCAGUCCUCGGCUUGCCAAAAUUACCGGUAAAAACUUGGGCCCAGGCACGAAGUGCAUUACUCAUGAUCUCUUGCCUGAACUAGAACAUAACUCGAUCCAAUCUGAAUCUCCAACAGAGCCUGAAAUAUUCACAACCUCUUUGCCACAAAAUAUUAUUGAUGAUGAUUCAGCUGAAUUCCUUGAAUUUACAGAAACACUCCGAACUCAAGAGGUACUCUCAACUUCUCAAGAUACUCCCUCUAUUAUUAUUUCUGAACAGAAAAAUAACCAAUCAAAAUCUCAGAAUGCAUGUCCUGGCUUGUUCCAAAUUCCUGUCUCACAGA